CCAGUUGCAAGUUGACAAUACAGCAAAUCGCAAUGUGUUCGCUGGCGAUGCGGAACUUUUGCUUGUUGUUGCUGUUACAGUUGUUAGUUUCAGUGCUGACCUUGACGACGUAUUCAGGUUCAGGAGGAGACGCACAGCAAGAUCAUCAUCGCGUUAAGCGGAUUGUCGGUGGAAAGCAAGCGAAGGCGCCGCCGGUAGACGAUCCCGUGGUUUUUGCGCGUCUCUUUGAUCGAGAUGCACGAGUGGAGGGCUUCCGCAAUCCUCAUACGCGCAUCUAUAGCUUUUUAGGUUUGCGUUAUGCUGAGCCGCCGGUGGGUCAAUUGCGCUAUGCGCGUCCAGUGUAUAAGCGCUUGGCCGGUGAUCUGGAUGCCAAAAGACACGGCCCACCCUGUAUACAGCCGCAUCCACAGCAGCGUGGCAUCAUAAUUGGCAAUGAAGACUGCUUACUGUUAAAUGUUUAUACACCCCAAAUGCCAGAUGAGACUACAGGCUUGCCUGUUUUUGUGUGGAUACAUCCAGGCGGCUUUCGUUUUGGCUCUGCGGCGCAGUAUGAUGCGACGCCCAUGGCCCAAGAGGGUGCAAUCGUCGUGGCGCCGCAAUACAGACUUGGCUCUCUGGGCAUAAUGGGAGACGGCACCAAGGAGUUUGACGGCAAUCUGGCUAUGUUUGACUUGGCCGCCGCUUUACGUUGGGUCAACGACUACAUUUCAAACUUUGGAGGCGAUCCCAAGCAGGUGCAGGCCAUAGGACAUGGCUCGGGAGCAGCUAGCGCAAUGUACUUAUCAAUGUCACGAGCGGCGCGUAGUGCUGGCGAUGUGCAUGGCGUUGUUGCAAUGUCUGGUACAGCUCUGUCGCAGUAUGCAAUGGACAGGGAUCCAGUGCAGAGCGUGCAGGAAGUUGCUAAGAUCAAUGGCUGCCCGGCGGGGAAUGAGCUAGAAGUUGUUAACUGUAUGCGUAAGAAAUCCGCUGAGGAGAUUAUUAAGAACGAUGACAGAGUACAGACAGAGCGCCUUGCAGGACGCGCUUUGGUUAAAGGCCUUACAGGAAACGUGGGCUUCCAACCACACAUGGAAAAUGAAGAAGAUGGACGUGGCCUGCCAAGUAUUCUUGUGGGCGAACCCGAGCAUCAGUUGCGCAAUGGUAACUUUAUGGGUAUUCCCCUGCUCACGGGCGUGACAAAGCACGAGACUGCAAAUUCCGUGACAGUGGAUACGUUAAACAAGGUAUACGGCUCAGCUGAGCAGUUCCUCAACUCGCUGUCAGGAGCAGUCCAGCAGCUAACUGGCUUUUUACGCAUCGACAAGCUGACUGGAAAUAUUGCAAAGCCAGAGCUACCAGGCUUAAGCGGCGUUCUGACGCCGACGCUCCAACAGGUAUGGCAGGUGCCCCAAACGCUGAAUAUCGAUCAAGUAUUGGCCAAGGUGGUGGAGUCUACCACAGAUGUACUUUUUAAUCUACCUGCCAUUCUCACCACGCAAGUAUGGUCCAAAAUUGCGCCGGCCUACAUGUACAGCUUUGAGUAUAACGGAACUAGAUCCAAGGGUAGUAACUUCUUAAAUGGAUUGCCGAUUGUUGCAGAGAAGGCGCAGCAGAAUUCCGAAACGGUUGCUCAUGGAGAUGAAUUGGGCUACAUGUUUGAUGCCAACGAUAUCUUUGGCAAUCCAUUAAAUGACACUCGACUCAGCAGUACGAUCGAUUUACAGGUGCGCAAGAAUCUCAUUGGCAUGCUGCUACAGUUUGCUAAGCAGCAUACAAAGACCAACAAGACCAACAACAAUUCGCCCUUCGCUGGACUGUUCCAGAGCGUUACUGGCGGCGGCACACCCUUUAUUAAAAUCAACACUCAGCUGGAGGCGGCCAGUGAUUUCCGCUUCUGCGAACUCUCCGUUUUAGGCGCCUCAUUAUCACCGUUAAGCUCAACCAGCUGCGAAGGUAUGGGUAAUCUGCUGGGACAACUGGGCGGCAACUUGGGCAACAACUUAAGAGGAGGCUUGGGACAGACACUAGGAGGCGUGGGGCAAAAGAUUGGACUUGGAAAUAGAAAUAAUGGUGGCGGUGGCGGCGGCAAGGGAGUGUUGGGCUUUGGUCUACUCUAAGCGCUUGGUGACAAUGCUUAUUAUUGUCGCUAUUGCUCAUUUAAAAUAUUCAUACAAAAAUUAGGUUACGUCUUUCAAAUAAAAUUUGUAUAUAAAUCUU